UUUUUAAAACAUGUUGAACACAUCCGUCGUUUUACACGACUUAAAUAUUUUUCUCUAAACUGUCAACGCUCUAGCUGCUAGAAUGGAGUCAGCAAAGACUGUUUCUCUGUUUCUUAUGAUAUCGUUUUUCAGAGGUGGUUUAAGCAGUUGUGAUAUUGGUUGGGUUAAUGAAAAUCAGUCAUGUUACUACUUUAGUAGAUUUUCUACAAACUUUUACACGGCACUGAGUUUUUGUAAAACUAUUGGCGGGAAGUUGAUUGAGAUCGACAGCCGAUUCGAAUGGAACAUGAUAAAAAGACAUGUACUGGGACGGCGUUUUCCUGACUUUUACAUUGGAGUGACCGACUUAUUCAGCGAAGGUGAUUGGCAAAAAGCGACAACACUGGGAAGACAAACUUUCCUACAAUGGGGAAAUAAACAACCUAAUAAUAUGGACAAUAAUCAGCAUUGUGUUCAAGUGUGGGCUUCAUCAAUGAAAUUCGAUGACCUUUGGUGUCAUUAUGAUCGUCAUUUUAUCUGCGAGAAAUAAAGUGUCAAUUCACUACUAAAGAACAAUAAAAAUGAAAAGAUUUC